UUUGCCAACGAGGUUGGUAAUAUAUAGAGGUGGUUGUGGGGCUUUUGAGUCAUUAUUACAGCUAAGUAUAGCGAGAGAGAGAGAGAGAGAGAGAGAGAGUUCAAUUAGAAGUGUUUAACUUGGUGGUGGUGGUGGUGGUGAUGGGAAGACAACCUUGCUGUGACAAGCUGGGGGUGAAGAAGGGGCCGUGGACGGCGGAGGAGGACAAGAAGCUUAUCAACUUUAUCCUCACCAAUGGCCAAUGUUGCUGGCGGGCCGUCCCUAAGCUCGCCGGACUCCGCCGCUGCGGCAAGAGCUGCAGGCUUCGCUGGACCAACUAUCUCCGCCCGGACCUGAAGAGAGGCCUCCUCACCGAGGCUGAGGAGCAACUGGUUAUCGACCUCCAUGCUCGUCUUGGCAAUAGGUGGUCUAAAAUUGCAGCAAGAUUGCCAGGAAGGACUGACAAUGAGAUCAAGAAUCACUGGAACACCCACAUCAAGAAAAAGCUUAUCAAGAUGGGAAUUGAUCCCGUCACCCAUGAACCUCUAAAGAAAGAAGCAAAGCCCGCAGAAGAACACUCCUCUGCUGCAGAUAAUAAUCAACAUUUGCCAGAGUCAAACAACAGUAUUAUUGAUCACGUCCAAACAUCACAGGAAACCAAAGACAAUAUCCCCGUUAUUCCAGAGGAGAAUUGCUCUAGCGAUGAAUCCCAGUUGCUAGAAAACAUCUCGAUUGACGCGCCGGCCUUGAAUUGCCUGUGGAGCGAUGAAACUGAUCUUCUGAAUGAUCCAACAUGGAAUUUCAACACGAAUGGUUUGCCAUCCUGGGACGAAAGCUGUGCAUGGCUUUUGGAUUGUCAAGAUUUUGGUGUCCAAGACUUCGGAAUAGACUGUUUCAGUGAUUUUGAGGUCAUGAACACGUUGAACACAUUAGAGAUGGGGAACAAACAGUGAAAGUAUCCGUCUCAGAAUGGGGCGAAACAUCAAAGAACUCAAAGAAAAAGUAUUUAUAUAAGGUUUAAUACUGGGCAUGCGUGCGACAAGAAAGUCAGAUAGAUGAAAGAAAGGUGCUAAUUUUUUCUCUAUUAAUUCAUGGCAGGUGGAGAUAUAUAUGAAACCUUGCUUCUUUCAUAGAGAGCUUUCUCACCAACCAAUCAAACUAUUGUUAACAAUCCCAAUGGUGAAAUGUGUUGUAGAAGAGAGGCACAAUGGAGAUUGUAUAGAUCAAAAUGUUUGACGGGUCUGUCCUGUGAAAGUGAAGCCUUUUGUAUAUAGGUGUAUUUAAGUUAAAAAUCAAUAAAGGGAAUAUUUAUUUUUGUUCUGCCUUUGCAAAUU